AUGGCUGGUCGAGGUCUUCCCAUGAUUCAACCCCAAAUAAUCUUGCUCAAAGAAGGAACAGAUGCAUCCCAAGGUCGUGGUCAACUUUUAUCGAAUAUAAACGCUUGCUUAGCAGUAGUUGACACAGUGAGGACAACUCUGGGACCCAGAGGCAUGGACAAAUUGAUCGUUGAUGAAAAAGGCGAAGUGACUAUUUCAAAUGAUGGCGCUACAAUCAUGAAACUCCUUGACAUUGUGCAUCCCGCAGCCAAAACUCUCGUCGACAUUGCUCGAUCGCAAGACGCUGAAGUUGGUGAUGGAACAACAAGUGUGGUCUUGCUUGCAGGUGAAUUGCUAAAAGAAGUCAAGGGAUACAUUGAAGAGGGAGUCAGCCCUCACGUAAUAAUUAAGGGUUAUCGGAAAGCUGCUCAAUUGGCCAUUAACAAGGUUAAGGAAAUUGCUGUCAAAAUUGAGCGUGAUAACGAGGAGGAAUUCCGAAACUUACUCUUGAAAUGUGCUGGGACGGCCAUGUCCUCAAAAUUAAUUCAUUCGCAUAAAGAUUUCUUCACAGAAAUGGUCGUUGAAGCAGUAUUGACUCUAGAUCAGGAUGAGUUGAAUGAAAAGCUAAUUGGGAUAAAGAGAGUUCCUGGAGGUGCCAUGCAAGACUCAAUUCUUGUCAGUGGUGUCGCAUUCAAAAAAACCUUUUCUUAUGCUGGGUUUGAACAACAGCCUAAAUCUUUUACCAACCCAAAAAUUUUAUCGUUAAACGUUGAACUAGAAUUAAAAGCAGAAAAAGAUAAUGCGGAAGUUCGCGUUGAAGAUGUUAAUGAAUACCAAGCUAUUGUCGACGCUGAAUGGUCUAUUAUAUUUUCAAAGCUGGAAAACAUCGUUAAGACUGGAGCAAAAGUGGUAUUAUCCAAGUUGCCUAUUGGUGAUUUGGCCACUCAAUAUUUCGCUGAUAGAGAUAUUUUCUGCGCUGGUCGAGUGCCUGCUGAAGAUCUUAAUCGUGUGGUGAAAGCGGUUGGCGGGUCUAUUCAGUCCACAUGCUCUGAUAUUGAUGAGAAACAUCUGGGUACAUGUGAACGUUUUGAAGAAAGACAAAUUGGAAAUGAAAGGUUCAAUCUAUUCCAAGGUUGUCCGGCGGCAAAAACAUGCACAAUCAUUUUGAGAGGAGGUGCCGAGCAGUUCAUUGCUGAGGUCGAACGAAGCUUACAUGAUGCCAUAAUGAUAGUCAAGAGAGCUAUUAAAAAUAAUUUGAUAGUUGCCGGCGGUGGCGCGACGGAGAUGGAGCUAUCUAAAUAUCUUCGUGACCACUCUCGAACCAUCGUGGGGAAACAGCAAUUGAUUAUCGGCGCAUUUGCACGGGCAUUAGAAAUUAUUCCUCGUCAACUGUGUGACAAUGCUGGCUUUGAUGCGACAGAUAUUUUGAAUAACCUAAGGAUGAAACAUGCCCAUGGUGCCACUUGGUACGGUGUUGAUAUUAAUAGUGAAUCUGUUGCCGAUAACUUCGAAGCAUUUGUCUGGGAACCAGUGAUUGUGAAGAUAAAUUCAAUAUCUGCUGCCACUGAAGCCGCGUGUUUGAUAUUAAGUGUUGAUGAAACUGUGAAAAAUCCGCAAUCUGAAAAGCCACAAGCAGGCCCACCAAUGCCAAGGGGAGGAGCACAAAGAGCAUUUAGAGGUCGAGGUCGAGGUAUCCCUCGCCGAUAA